AGCACCACCCCACACAUCGGUCUCGUCCCUGGGCUACUUUACCUCGAUAUUUCCUUACGCCUCGCGUGUUGUUACAGAACAUAGGUCUCUUGGAACUAAUACGGUAAUAGUUGGUACUUAAUCCUCAAAUUAUAUUACCAGCUUGUGCCUAACUUUUGUCCAGAAUAUGUGGUGCCUAAGAAUAACCAUUGCUUUGCUGUUCUUCUGUGUUUUUAUCUCUGUCAUACACGCCUUUCCACAAGGAGCUCCUGUCGAAUCUUGUGAUUCUAUGCUCCCCCGCCAUGAACUAUUGAAGCCCAGUCCGCCAGAAAGCUCCCCCUUCAGUUUCAUUGCUUCUACAAAUCAUUAUACAUACAGCACAAUUCCUGGAAUAACAGUUGAGAUUUUAGGCGCUCCUUUUAAGGGAUUUUUUGUAGCCGCCAUUGAUCCUCAUACGAAAAAAAGAAUUGGCUCAUGGAAAAAGGUUAAAGGAACUGAUCCUCUCCCGUGCUCGGCCAUCACACACGUGGAUCCUUAUCCUAAAAGUCACGUGACCUUACUCUGGGAACCGCCGCGUGAUAGAGGAGAAGGAGACGUUAUUUUUCUAGCAACAAUCGCAGAAAGUUAUUCUGUAUAUUACACCGGUCAAGUGGCAACCGUUCCCAUUCCCACUGAUGGCGACUUUAAUACACUUUUCAAGAAGUAA